GCGGGAGUUUUUGUCAGGCCUUUGGAGAUAUUGUCAUCUAGUCGAACUACAACAUAUGUUAACAUAUUACAACAAGCAGCGCCAGUGUUGCGCUAUAAUGUUGAGCACCUGAUCUUAUUGGCAAUUUGCACUUUCGCUAUUUACAUCGAUAUUUGCGUUUACUCACGAAUCUGCUGAACCUGAUCAUAAAUAUAUCUAGGAGCAAGAUGGCGGCCCCUGGUAAACAGUACGGGCUGAUCAUAUCCCAGAAAGCAGCGUCUAAGACCGUCACCUUGCCGAGACCAUCAGUGUUUGGAGAUGACUCAGACGAAGAGACCUCAGUGGGGGAGAGUUUGCAGAAGGAGGCACUGAAGAAGCGGAUGAUGAAACAGACACGUCUGGAGAUGCAGAAGGCUCUGGAGCAGGAUAGCAGUGUGUAUGACUAUGAUGGUGUCUAUGAAGACAUGCAGAAACAGAGGCUGGAGAGCAGCAAGAAAAUACUGGGUGGAACAGACAGGAAGCCGAAGUACAUCAACCAGUUGAUGCGAGCGGUGGAGGAGAGGAAGAAGGAGCAGGAACGGAGGGAUGAGAGGAAGAUCCAGAAGGAGAGGGAGGCGGAGGGAGAGCAGUUUGCCGACAAGGAGGCGUACGUUACGUCUGCUUACAGACAAAAACUCAAGGAGAGAGAGGAGGAGGCGGAAAGAGAGAAGAGACAGGAGGCGAUCGAAGCUGCCCUGGAUGUGAAGAAGCAGAAGGACAUGAGUGGUUUCUAUAGACACCUCCUGAACCAGACUGUGGGAGAGGAGGCCAUACCAGACCGCUCUGCGCCCAGGGAUGAGGUUUUGAAGACCGUUAAGACUGAAGCGCCGUCACUCCCCCCACCUUCUCCCCCUUCACGAGACCACGCCCCCAGUUCCCAUAGUGACAGUGAGGAGGGGCUGGACCUGAAGGCGGGGUUCAGUAAACCUCCUCCCGGCGCCAAACGCCACUACCGACAGAGGUCCCCUUCAUCCGGAAGCGGAGAGGAGAAGGUUCAAGAGAAAGACAGAGAGAAAGACAGUAAGAGCCACAGAGAGAGAGAGAGAGAGAGAGACCGAGGGAAGGAGAGAGACAGGGAGAGAGACCGAGGGAAGGACAGAGACAGGCAGAGAGACCGAGACCGGGAAGGGAGACAUGGAGGACGGAGAGACGAAAAGGAUCGAAGGAGGGAGAGAGACAGGGAUGAGGACCGAGGCAGAGGAAGGAGGGAUAAAGAGAGGGAUGAGAGGAUGGGGAAGAGAGACAGGAGCCCGAAAGUUAGACUGGAGAGAAAUGGAGAGAAGGAGAAAAAGAUACCAGUAGAUGACAAGGGAGCAGAAAGGGACACGACCCGGGAGAGAGGAGGAGGAGAGAAAGAAAAGACAACAAUGAGAACAGAAGGAAAGGAUGAGGAAAAGAAUGACAAGCAGGUAGAGGAGAAGGAGGGAGAGGAGAAGGAGACAAGGAAGGAGGGAGUGGGGGACGAGACAAGGAAGGAGGGAGUGGGGGACGAGACAAGGAAGGAGGGAGAGGGAGAGGGGGACGAGACAAGGAAGGAGGGAGAGGGGGACGAGAUAAGGAAGGAGGGGGAAGAGGAGAGGAAAGUGAGUAAAUUUGCUAAGCGUAGCAGUGAGGAGACCGUGAUGUCAGCCAGAGACCGAUACCUGGCCAGACAGAUCGCACGCUCAGCAUGCAAGACAUAUAUCGAGAAGGAGGAGGACUGAACACACACACCAUGCACUAACGUGUGUGUGUGUGUGUGUACAUAAGGGAUGACUCCGGGGGGGUAAAUACCUUUGUGAGAUAUUUAGGGUGAGGUAACCUCAACUAUCUGAAACCAAACCAAAACUACAAGCCACUCUUACUCUGGUGAGUGAGUGAACAUCCCUUGUGCCAGGGAACAGUGAUUUUAGUUAAUUUCAUCGUUUUGGUUUAUUCUUCCUGAUGUACAGAACUAUUCCUACUGUCAGUUGUGUUAACCUCCUGCAGAUGUGGCUGGUAUCAAUCCUUAACUCUCAUGUUCUCAACAUGUCACCUGAAAGUAAAUGGGGGGCUAUCACUGGAGUGGUAAAGACUUUGAUCUGCAUACUUUACUGUAGCCUAUUGCUAACUUUAGACGAUGAGAGAAGCUGUGUUCAUUUUUGAUGAAGCUAUAGAACAAUGAUAAUAAAUAUAAUUCAUACUGAGCUA